AUGGCUGCUGUUCGUCGAUUGAUGGAAGCGUACUGGCGACGAAGGGCAUUGCUUGUGACUGCCGAGCGAACGCAAGCGCCUUUGCUAGCAGGCGACGCUAAAGACGAUGCCUUCGCAUCUGUUGAAGCGGCGCCAGCUACUCAAGAACUAUCCUCACGCUCCCGACAUCUUCGUGUCAGGAGGACUAUCGCACCGUUCAUCGCCAUGCAUGACCUUCCACGCGGUGCUCUAUUUGCCAUACAGUCCCUUCUGAUGUAUACGCUGAUGCUGGCGGUGAUGACUUUCCAUGCUGGCUAUCUCAUCGCCAUUAUAGUCGGCCUUGCCAUCGGAGAAGUACUCUUUGGCCGACUGGGCGAUGUCCAUGGCUUUCACUAG